CAUACUGGAUUGACAGUUUAUAUACACGUGCGUAGACACGAAUGGAACUCAUUAUAAUUGAACUUUGAAACUAUGAUGACAAUAUUAGGUAUCAAAUAGCAAUCAUAGCAUUAGCAUAUAGACGCACAGCGAGACGGAAAAGGUGUAAAUAUAACGCAUGUUUUGUUAAAUAAGUAAAUGAAAGAAAGACGGGCUAACCUGAACGAUAAACGAUGAAAUAGACAGCUAAAGGAUCUCGCCACAGAAAUCGAAUUGUUAUUAUAUAAUUUAUAAUGCGAUUUGCGAGACUUCUUUGGUUUAAUGUCUGAGAUUACUUGCUAACCGGUCGUCUUGGUUCCGACGAAACACUAUUCGAUUUCUUGCUAACCACGGUUCGAAGGAAUUUGAGACGAAUUAUACUGUAAAACGACAAUGGAAAAUAUGACAUCGAAAGACGGCAAUUGCGACGAUUUUAAGAAAGCUAAGAUGAAACGACGAAACGGCAAAGCAGCAUUAACACGGCUCGGGAAAGUUAUAAUAGUCCAAAUCGAGGGGAAACGUUCGACCGAUGAGGUUCAAAGGGCGCUUGAUAAUUAUGAACACGCAUUUGCCGACCUGGAAGCCAAACACGAAGAAGUGACAAUGCUAAUCGAAGAUGACGAACAGUUCAAUGAGGAAGAACGAUAUAUUGAACAAUGCCAGGAAACCUUUCUGCGCUUAAAAAUUGACGCGCAAGAUUAUAUAAAGCAACAGACGAAAAUAUCAGAGAUGAAACAAAAUACUGUCGAAACCGGAAGCGUAAAUACUCCCGCAGAGAACUUGUCGAAUGAAGAACAAAUUAACGAAAUCCCGGCCGGCGAAGAAAGUCAUGCAUCGAUACCGAAUGAAGAAAAUCAAGACAACCAGAUAUCAGCACCAGUAGCUCAAGAAACCCAAAGUCAUCCUGUACAACCCAGCACAUCUAUUAAUGAUUCAUCGUUCAACACAACUGAGAACACCGCGGAGACAGCAACUCAUAUAAGCAAAGGAGAAAGCCUAUUUCGAAUUGAGAAGCCAAAGAUGCCAAAAUUCACUGGUGACGUCAGAGAAUUUGGAACUUUUAGAGCGGACUUUAAGCACUUGGUGGAAAAUAGAUACAGUAAACGUGAUGCAAUAACCAUUCUGAGGUCUAGUCUCCAAGGAAAACCGCUGGAAAUGAUCAAGGGAAUUGGUCAAGACUAUGAUGCCGCAUGGGAAUAUCUCGAUUCCGUGUAUGGAGAUCCACGAUUUGUUGCUGACAUCAUCACUCACGAUAUCUCCAAGUUUAAGCCAAUAAAGGACGGAGAAGAUGCCCGGUUUUGCGACUUGGUCCAUUUAAUAAAGCGGAGUUUCAACACCCUUAGAGAAGUAGGACGGGAGAAUGACAUGGAUAACAACCACAUGCUGGCUAUCAUUGAACAGAAAAUGUUUACCGACGAUCGCAAAGUCUGGUCACGCUAUUUGGAGAGUUCAAAGAGUCAAGCCACAUUGGAGUCGUUAAUUUCCUGGAUGACAAGUGAGAUGAAGUCGAGAAUGAGAGCAACGGCACCAUUAAGAAGCUCAUGGCAGUCACCCAAGCAUGUUGGACAUGUUACUGGAAAAGAAGAUGGGAAGCCAACAAACCAUAAGUGCUGGUUCUGCAAAACGUCUGAACAUUGGACCGACCAAUGCCAAAAGUUCCUUGCCCAGAGUGCUAGCGACCGCCUGAAAGUUGUGAAGGAGAACCAUGCCUGUUAUAGCUGCCUGAAGCGAGCUGGUCGUGGUCACAACAUGUCAACCUGCUCUCGAAGGCGCCAGUGCAGCGAGACCAUCAGCGGAGUUCAGUGCAAGCAUUACCAUCAUCCACUAUUGCAUAUUUUAAACAUAUCUGCUGUGUCAUCUGUUACUACUAGCGGAGAGACUAUGUUACCGACUAUUCAGGCAGAAAUCCUGGGACCACAGAAGGUCAAGAAACAGGCUAAUAUGUUACUAGACACUGGUGCUCAAAUCAGUUUAAUACGGACAUCAGUCGCUGAGGAGCUGGGUCUCAAAGGCAAGAGUGUCACAGUAACAAUGGCGAAAGUUGGAGGAGAAGAAAAUGAGAUGUCAACAAAGAUGUAUCGAUUCCAAAUUCGAUCCCUCGAGAACCAGUCCAUCCACACAAUUGCAGCUGUGGGAAUCCCAAGUAUCAGUGGUGAUAUUUCCGGAAUGAAACUUGAUGGCAUAGCUGAAGCUUUCAACCUUGAAAGAGAGAAAUUACGAAGAGAGAAUGGUCCAAUAGAUGUCCUGUUGGGAAUUGAUCAACCGAAGUUGCACACUGGUGAGACAAAAGAAGCUGGUAAUCUUGUUGCAAGAUAUUCGCCAUUGGGAUGGGUUGUCUUUGGAGCCACGUCUGAAAAGUGUGACGUCAGUCAAGUCUACCAUGUCAAGUGUUCAAAUCCCAUCGAUAUGACCGACUUUUGGACCACCGAAUCAAUGGGCGUGGAAGGGAAUAUGUGUUCUUGUGAAAGCAAGAAGUUAAGUCCAGUUGAAGCCUACGAAGCCAAGAUUAUAGAACAAUCCUGCAAAAAGAUUGGUAAUAAAUGGUUAGUUUCAUACCCCUGGGUCAAAGAUGCAUCUGAAUUACCGGAUAACAGAAGCCAAGCGGAGAAGAAAUUGGAAACAACCGAGCGUCGAUUAGCCAAGAACCCAGAUCAUGCAGAAGCGUAUGACAAGCAGAUGAGGGAAAUGAGUGAAAUGAACUUCUCUCGAAAAUUAUCAAGUGAAGAAUUAAAGUCAUACAAGGGACCAACCCACUACAUAUCCCACCAUGAGGUAGUCAGACCCGAGAAGAAGAGCACCCCCAUCCGAAUUGUUUUCAAUUCCUCAGCAUCGUAUAAAGGGCACCGCUUAAAUGAUUACUGGAUGAAAGGACCCGAUUUACUAAAUAAUCUGUUUGGAGUUCUCCUACGAUUUCGAGAAAAUGAAGUGGCUAUCAACGCGGAUAUAUCCAAGAUGUAUCACAGAAUCCUAAUCCCGGAAAGAGAUCAACAUGUUCACCGAUACCUGUGGAGAAACAUGGAUACGGAUCGAGAACCUGAUGUUUAUGUCAAAACAGUCUUGACAUUUGGUGACAAACCAGCCCCAGCCAUGGCACAGACCGCGCUGCAAAAGACUGCUGAAGAAGGAGAAAAACGCUACCCUGCAGCUGCUGAAGUCUUAAAGAAGAAUACUUACAUGGACGACAUAUGCGAUUCGGUCCAUUCUGAAAAUCAAGCAAGAAAAAUAACAGCAGAGAUUGACGAAAUCCUUCGCAACGGUGGUUUUAACGUGAAGUGUUGGCUCUCAAACCGGUCAUUAAAGAAGAAUGAUGAAAGCGUUAUUGAAAAAAGUGAAUUGGAAUUAAAGCUCCUACAAGGCCCAGUUGAAGAGAAAGUUUUGGGAACUGUCUGGAACCACCACGACGACGUUUUUGGGUUCAAAGUGAUUCCUCCUGAACUAGUUAAACUUACGAAGAGAGCAAUACUAAGCCAAGUAGCUCGGAUCUACGAUCCUCUAGGAGUAGCUGCAGCUUUCCUGAUUCGCGCCAAAAUAGAGAUGCAAAAACUGUGGUUAGAAGGACUACAAUGGGAUGAUGAAUUGCCGCCGAAUCUCCAAAUAACGUGGAUACGAUUCUUCCAAGAGAUGAACGACCUGAACAACGUCACCUUCGAAAGGUCUCUUACGCCAGAUUCCGUGAUCGGAGCGCCAGUACUAUGCAUUUUCUCGGACGCAUCGAUUGAAGCCUUCGGAGCAUGUGCUUACAUCAGAUGGGAGACAGAAAACAACACCUUUGUAACCAGGUUCAUCGCAGCAAAGUCAAGAGUAGCCCCACUGAAGUCGCUGACCAUACCUCGUUUAGAGCUACAAGCAGCUGUCCUGGCGACACGAUUAUGUUGUUCUAUUCUCGAAGAGUCUCGAAUGAAGUUUGUGAAGAUAAUUUUCUUCUCUGACAGCCACAUUGUUCUUUCAUGGAUCCGUAACCAACCCAGAGAGUUUAAGCCGUUCGUUUCAGCCCGAAUUGCCGAAAUCCAGAGCAAGUCUGAACCAGAUCAGUGGAGACACGUUCCUGGAGAGCUAAAUGUCGCUGAUGAUGUGUCGCGAGGAAUACCUGCUCUGCAACUGACAGGCAGAUGGAAGUAUGGCCCCGAGUUUCUGAAGUUACCGGAGGAAGAAUGGCCGAGCGAGUCGUCUUCUGCUACCAUCACUAAAAGCGUGGAUAUCGAUCAGUCUGAACGUCGAAAAGUUCAACCUGUCUUUCAAGUAACCCAAUCGCCAGAAGUCAUUCCGUGCAAGAAGUUUUCCAGUUGGGGGAAACUUAUCCGAGUCACAGCCUAUGUGUUACGGUUCAUCAACACGCUACGAAACAAGCAUCAAAACAAAGACAACACAGAAACGACCCGACCGAAAGACACCUCAGAUGAUAGAUCAAUCUCAGCAAAGGAGUUAGAAGAUGCCGAGUUGUAUUGGGUCAAACAAAGUCAGAAGUCACUUCAUGAUCGCCUGAAAAAGGGAGAACUGAAAGGACUCACCCCGUUUACCGAUGACAACGGAGUUAUCAGAGUCGGAGGUCGAGUAAGCGAAGCCGUAAUCUCGUACGAUGCCAAACAUCCAGUUUUACUCCCACGUGAACACUGGAUAUCCCUGCUGAUCACUCGUAACUUCCAUCGAAACGGCCACUCAGGAGUUGCAACAACCGUUGCAAAGAUCAAGAAAAAGUUUUGGAUUAUCCGAUGUCAUGAUCUUGCCAAGUCAAUAAAGUUCCGAUGCGUAUGUUGUCGCCGAAUCCAAGCCAAAACCGAGGAGCAGUUCAUGUCAGACCUACCAAUUACCCGACUGGAGCCAUUCACACCACCCUUUCAUCGCACGGCAUGCGAUUACUUCGGUCCUUACCAAGUUAAAAUUGGCCGAAACAAAACAACCAAACACUAUGGCGUACUGUUUACAUGUCUGAAUACUCGUGCCGUACACCUGGAAAUCGCAGUGGACUAUUCCGCUAUGGAAUUCUUGCAAACCUUACGUCGAUUUUUCGCAAUCCGUGGACAACCGGCUCUGAUGAUCAGUGACAACGGGACGCAGCUGGUGGGAGCUCAACGUGAACUCCGAGAAAUGAUAGAAGGAUGGAACGAGAAAGAGUUGAAGGAAUUCAGCGCCGAGAAAGGAAUGGAGUGGAGAUUUAUUACUCCUGCAGCACCACAUCAUAACGGUUGUGCUGAGGCUCUUGUCAAGAGUUCGAAGAAAGCAUUAAAGAUCGCGAUUGGUGAACAAAUUUUGGCUCCGUUCGAGCUGUACACAUGCUUGCUGGAAGUUAGUAACCUGAUUAAUCAGCGUCCUAUUGGAAGGAUCCCCAAUGAUCCAGAUGACGGUUCUUUCCUUUGUCCAAACGACAUUUUACUUGGUCGAGCAUCAACAAUGGUACCACAAGGGCCAUUCAGAGAAACGAAGAAUCCUCAACAUCGUGUUGAAUUUGUCCAGAAGAUCAUCGAUAGUUUUUGGAAGCGUUGGAGCAGAGAUGUAUUUCCCACCUUAGUUCCCAGAAAGAAAUGGACUACUGAAAAAAGAAAUGUACGAGUGGAUGACAUCGUCGUGGUUCAAGAUACGAAUGCGAUUCGUGGAAACUGGACUACGGGCAGAAUUGUUAAUGUAUAUCCUGGAAAUGACGGACGAAUUCGUAACGUUAAGGUGAAGACAUCCACAUCGCACUACGAAAGACCUAUUACAAAAGUCGCAGUACUGUACCCUGCAGAAGGAUAUGAAGAUAAGUAACUCACAAUUAGUAACAUUAAGUGAUGAGGAAGAGUCCUCAUCG